AUGACAGAAGAAGAUCCUACUGAGGGUUGGCGAAGACAGCUGACGGCAUUGGAGCAAAGCAUUGCUCCAUUGGCCAAUGCAGCUAAGAACAAAAGCGAUGACGACGAUAUAGAUGCAUUGCUCGUGCAGCAAGAAAUCCUAACAGGACUGUAUGAGCAAGCAUGCACUAUAAUUCUACGAAUUGAGGGCCAUACGGGACCCUCCAAACGAAGGGAAGCGUUGCUUCCAGUGUACCUACAAGCGAGGACAAGCUUCGCAAAAAGAAUAAAAUCAUUGCAACAACCUGCGAAUGACGAAGUUGGGCCCGGAUGCUCUCGUUAUCCUCUUGAGCAGACGUUUUUAGGAAAUAAUGCACGCACAGAUCAUCUCCCGAGGUUGGAAUUGCCGAAAUUCCACGGGACAGCCACCGAAUGGCUAUCAUUCAAGGCUCGUUUCGAAAAACGAGUUGCAGCAUUGAGCGACGAUGCUGACAAGUAUGCUUUCCUAAUCAGAUGUUUGGAGUACGAACCAGCUCGCAAUACAUGCGAGGCGCUGGAAAAUUCGGGCCUGCCGUUUAAUGAAGCAUGGGCAAAGCUCGAGGAACGCUUUUAUAAGAAGAGAGUAGCCUUUGAAGGUUAUUUCUUUAAUCUCCUCAAAAUACGAAAGAUAAUGAAACCGAGCCAAAGGGCUAUUCUUGGACUCAUUGACGCUGUUGACACUCUGCUAUCUGCAACGAAGCAAAUAGCAAACGAACCGAUUCGAGAAUUGGAUUCCACGGCCAGCGGGCUGUUGGUUUGCCUCGUCAAGGAGCGCCUGGACGAGUACACUCUGACUAAGGUCGAAGAAAAACUGGACCUGCAAAGAAUUUACAAGUGGAACGAAUUUAAGUCUGAAUUGGAGAAGUUGGCGAAUCAACUCUCCUGCAAAGCCGCAGCCGAAGCGGCACAUCAGAGCCAUAGACCAAACCAAAAGGUCGUGGCCACAACGGCUAUUAAAGCUAUUACUACCCAAGAAAAGAAGGGACCACAGCGGUGCUUCUUUUGUGCGUCAGAAGGACACACUGUAUUCGAUUGUCCUAAGCUGUCAUCCCUCAGCCCACAAGAGAGAUGGGAAGCUGUCAAAACCGGUGGACAUUGCUUCAACUGUUUAGCAAAAGGCCACCAAACGAAAGCAUCUACCGCAAUUGUCUGGGUAGGAGGGAGCAACGGGCGAUGGCUGCAGAUGAGAUGCAUUCUCGAUUCUGGCAGCCAAGUCGAAACAAUUACCGAAGAAGCUGCAAAGCGAUUGCAGUUACCAGAAAGAAGAAGCGACGUGCAGCUGAUUGGGAUCGGCGGAACAAUAACGACCAGUAAGAAAAUUAUAACAAGGAUAGCUUCUAUACAUGCGAACGUGUUCAUCGACAUUGAGAUGGUGAUCGUGCCAAAAAUAGUGGGCGAUCAACCAAAUACGACGAUCAGCGAAAGGGAAAUCGACAUCCCAGAGGAGUUGCCUCUGGCCGAUCCCGAGUUCUUUAGAACACAACCAGUAGACAUUCUCUUAGGUGCAAGAGUGUUUUAUACGAUGUUGGGACCGAACCAACUAACGGUGGGCAGAGGACCCACAUUUCAAGAAUCCGGCCUAGGCUGGCUAGCGGUAGAGAUUUUAUCAGCACCCUGUGCAGCCACGGCAACGUCAUACCCCAUAACGGAGAAACAUGAAUCACCAGACUUGAUAACGAACGAAGAAUUAAAAGAAUUAUUCAAACUGUUUUGGAAAAUCGAGGAACCGAAUUGGGAACCUAAACAAGAUGCACAACCUGACGCAGAAGCGCAUUUCUGCAAAACGAUAAAGACGGCUAAUGACGGCAGAUACGUUACGAGAAUACCCCUACGGGGGGAGGUGUCUUGCUUGGGUGACUCUUACCAGCAAGCACGCAAACGAUUUUUAUCAUUGGAACGGAGACUUGAGAAGAGCUCCGACACGUACAACGAAUAUAGAUGUUUUAUGCACGAGUACGAAGAGCUGGGGCACAUGGUUCCAGUCACAGCUGAAGAAUUCUGCAAAAUAAAAUAUUUCAUACCACACUCGUGUGUGGUAAAACCAGAUUCGACUUCAACGAAACAACGAGUAGUUUUCGACGCUAGCGCAAAGACAUUGAGCGGAAUUUCUUCAAACGACAUUCAGGUUGUAGGACCGACAAUUCAGAGAGAGCUAUUCGACUUGCUCAUUGAUUUCAAAACUCAUGACAAAGUACUGAUGGCAGACAUCGCGAAGAUGUACAGACAAAUUUUGAUUGCGCAACCUGACACGUGGUUGCAAUCGUGCAGAGCUUUGUACGAAGCUGCAGAAGAUUAUCGAACAAUCAACUCGAAGAUCACCGAAGCCAUACAACAGUCAUUCUAUGUUGAUAAUUUAAUGAUUGGAGCAGCAUCCACUGAAGAAUUAAUCGAAUUGAAACAUGGCGUGGAAGACGCUUUGCUACGCCACUGUUUCCCAUUACGAAAAUGGGCCUCAAAUGACACCAAAGUACUAGAAGGUAUCCCAGAGCGGGAUCUGGAACCUCUGAUCCAUGUUGGAGAUCAGGAUAUUAUCAAGACGUUAGGUGUAGGCUGGAACCCCAUGAGAGACGUGUUCCAGUUUAUAGCCCCUAGUAACGAAGGCGAAGAAUCGAAAACGCUUACGAAGAGACAGAUGGUCUCAAAGAUACUGAGAUUAUACGAUCCGAUUGGAUUGAUCCAGCCGGUGAUCAUCACGGCAAAAAUAAUUAUGCAACAGUUGUGGACGCUCAAUUUAAAUUGGGAUGAUGACGUCCCCGAACAACCCUUAUCCGCCUGGAGAAAGUUCGAAGCUUCGAUAGCCGAUCUAAGUAAGAUAGAAAUUCCACGAAUGACAAUGCCAAGCCGAACAAUCGUCUUGGAUAUACAUGGAUUUUGUGACGCAUCAGUGAAAGCGUAUGGAUGUGUCAUUUAUGUACACUCGAUUGAUAUGAAGGGUGAGGAACGCACCAAUUUAUUGUGCUCUAAAUCGAGAGUAGCACCAAUCAAGAAAGUUACGUUACCCCUCUUAGAACUCUUAGCGGCAGUAUUGCUGGCAGAGCUUGUUGCCAGAGUAAAAGACACUCUGAAAAAGCGAAUUACAUCGGAACACUAUUACAGUGACUCACAAGUGGUUUUAAGUUGGAUAAAGUCGACGAAUCCCCGCUAG